AUGGCCUCUAAGUCUAUUUCGCUUGCGAACUUCAUCCAGUCUUCGCCGACGCUGCUGAAGCUUGUUCAGCCGGUCGCGAACGCGUACGCGCAGACUGCUGGCUACCGCCAGUUCGGUCUCCGCUACGACGACCUCCUCGAGGAGGAGAACCACCAGAUGCAGAAGGCUAUCUCGCGUCUUGAGCCGAUUGAGGGCUACGACCGCGCCUACCGCAUGCGGCGCGCGGUUCAGUGCUCGAUCCUCCAGCGCAACCUUCCCAAGGAGCAGUGGAUCACCCCCGAGGAUGACGUCCGCUACAUCACUCCCCUCGUGGAGCAGAUCCAGAAGGCUGACGACGAGCGGGCUAACUUUGACACGAUGAAGGUCACCAAGUCUAGCCACUAA